AGUCAGUCAGAACGGGAACGUCGUCGCGAGCUGUGCUUGGUAGCGCUCUCCAGCAGCCGUGUGUAACGCCAUUUUGUAACGCGAACGCAAUAGUCAGGCUCUGUCGGCCACUAGUUCUCCACAAGUCCGCAGGUCCGCUCGUCCGCUCGUCCUCCGCGAAAACUGGGCAAAAAUAAAUCAUAAAUCCCAGCUCGUGUGUGCCGCCAAGUGAAAUCGCAGCGAAUCGAAUCGCUUCGAAUCGCAUCGAAUCGAACGCAUGAAACCAAAUCGAAAGCGGGGCAGCCAAGGCAGGGAAAAAUCCGAGAAAAAUAAAUGUGUGCGACGCGUGUGAGAUAAAUUACCAAAGCAACCGAGAAACGAAAAACGAAAAGCGAAAAUCGAAAAACGAAAACCGAAAAAAACCCCUGCUGCCGGUGUAAUAAAUGACUGCGCCGCAAAAUGAGCUUUUAGUUUAAUUAAUCAAAUGAAUAAUAAUCAGCACUAAAUAGUUGAGGCCAAAGUGAGUGCCCGCAGUGCCAGAGUGUCCGGUGAAAAGUGCAAAGUGCCGAGCGUCCAGAGUAUCCAAAUGGCGGACUAGCGCCGCUCGCACGGGCCACCGAGGAGAGGGAGCAGAGACCAGCAACAUCAAGGACGAACAGGACAUCAUCGCUCCCGUUGCUGCGCCGCUGUGAUUGAGAUUCAUUCUGGCCGCCCAACAAGGCAACAGCAGCGAGCGCGGCGAUCACAGCGUCGAUCACAGCGGCAAUAGUGGUGCGGUCGGUGGUGCACCGCCAUCUCUUAGCGGCAGUGGUGGUGGUGCCGGUGCUGGAGCAGCUGGUGGUCCUGCGGGAGAUCAUCCUGCUGGCGGUGGUGGCGGGGGGGCAGCAGGAGGUCACGGAAACGGGAGCGGCAGCGGCAGCGGAACCGGAAACGGAAGUAGUGGCGGGGCGGACUGCAGCAGCGACGGCGAUCCCAAGAAGACCUUCUCGCUGCACUGCUGUUGCGUGAUCGUCGACAUCACACCAGUGGCGCAUCCAGGAGGACGCCUGACAUCGGCAACAACGGCCUCGGGAAGGGAUGCGGGUGGAGCCGCCGCUGGCGGAGGAGGUGGUGGUUCCAGUGGUGGUGGCCUGGGCCUCGGCCUCGGCGAGAAUGUCUCCCAGUUGGCCAGCCAACUCUUUCGCUUCGGCAGCAAAAAGCGCCCAGGCGUUUGCAUCUGCAAUGCCCAGUGCCGGCUGCAAUCGCUGGGCGAGAGUCCAGGCGGCCUGGCAGCCACCACCAUCAAGACCCAUCACGGCAGCCUGGACAGAUUGCUGCAAAAGGGAGAGGCAGCCGGCGCAGGAGGAGCCCACACCAGUGGCGAGCGCUCGAUAAGCUGGGUGGUGGAUGGAGGGGCGGCGGGCUCUGGCGCCCUGCUCAACGCCUCCUCCGACGAGAGUGAUGACAAGAAGAAGAAACUGGACGAGGGCUCCCAGCUGCCGCCCCCGCCACGCCCCCCCUCGCGGUCACAUGCCAAGCCCACUGCGAAGGAGGAGUUCGAUCGGGGCGUUGAGGUGGAGAAGUUCUAUCACCAGAUCAACGGCGACAUCUUCGAAAUCACCAGGAGAGUGAGGGCUCGCGAUGAGGAGACCAUGGAGCAGAAAUGCAUCCGCCGGAAGGGAUCGGUGCGCCUCACAGAGCCCACCUCCGGUGGCCAUGCCCAUGUGCGGAUCGAACAGAGACCACAGUUGCCGCCCAGAAGGCAGAAGAGCGCCGAGGAAGUGGCCACCAUGCCGAAGAGUGCUCUGCGCCAGCCACCCGAGCAACUGGAGUGGUUCGAUCGGCGCGCCCAGCAACGUCACUCCGCCCGCUCCGCCGAGGGUGGGCAGGUGCGGGAGGAGACCAUGGAGUGGCUGAAGCUGCAGAAGACCGCCAGUCCCAUCCAGCCAGCGCGAACCUCCUCGGGUCCCAGCGAGAUUACAGUCAUGAAGGAUGAACUGCCCGACUGGCUGCUGGACCAUCUGCCGCGCAAGAAGGAACGAGAUCGGGAUAGAUUGCCCUCGGAUGCCGACAAGGCGGUGGGUUCCGCCUAUGCCAAGGCCCUGUCGGAGCUGCUGAAGAAACCCCUGUCGCGCCAGAGUUCCGGACCCUGUGAGUUCUCACUUCUGAAAACCGACAUCGUGGAGUGGCUCACCAAGAUGCAGGGCAGCAGUGGAGGCGACAAGGGCAAGUCCCGUCGGUCGCACCACCGCCGCAAUGGCAGUGGUGGCGAUGCCCAGCCACGUUCCAAUUCCCAGGAGGACGCCCAGGAUCAGUCGAAGACCAGCCACCGGAAGAGGCACUCACUGGGUCACAGUGGAGCGGCCAGCGAGGAGGAGCAGCAGCAGCUCACUGCCGACUGGAUAGCCUAUCCGCUGCACAAGCUGCAGUCCCUGGGCAAGCAGCCGCCGCCAAGUCAACCGCCGGAGCGGGUCACCAUUCCCAGUGGCUAUGCGGUGCCCAGUGCCCUGUCGCAUACUCCCCUGUGCCAGCGGAGGGAGGAGCGCUCCCGGGAGAGAAGACUGCGUCACUCGGCCAGCGAGGUGGUGGGCAGUGGUGGAGCAGGAACUGUUUCAUCAUCGAACACCGCCCACCUGGAACGACUGUAUGCCAAGCCGCACAAGGAGCGCUAUCAGUAUGUACCGAAGGCCAAGGAGUCGAGCGGCCGGAAGGAGCGCUCCCGACGCCACCAGACCCAAAGAUCCGCCACUGUCUCCGACAUGUCCGCCCAGCGUUCCGGUGGCCACAAGCGCAAGUCCUCGAGUGCAGAGCGGGCACCACGUUCUCCCUCACCGGGACCCUGUACGGAUCCCGAUUGUCCACUACUGCCCAUCUGCACGGAUCCCCAUUGCCGCUACCAGGAGUGCCAGGCACGGCAGUGCAUCACGUCGUCGGUGAGCUCGGUGAAUCUGGCCAGGCAUCAGCAGUUGGCCCAGGUGCAGCUGCAUGCGGUGCCGGCCCACCUGGUUGGAGCCUUGGGCUCCGAUGUGCCGACGACACCAUCCACAACGGCCACGCCUCCGCCGCCGCCACCCACAGGAGGCGGGCUUCUGGGCUCGGGAACAGUGGCAACCAUGGGGGAACGCCGCCUGGUCAUCUGCCACGACUGUCGAUCCUGCGCACCGCUUCUCAGCUGCCAGAAUCGCAAAUGCCUCAAUGCCGCCAAGUGCAACUCACUGCCUCGCUGUGCCGCCGACUUCAAUCGCCUGCGCACCCAGUUGGCCCAGCCGCCCACCACACUGGACGACAUCGAGCCGGCGCCACUGGACGACCUGGAGAUGCAGCCACUGCCCUCGCCACCGCACUCGCAUCCGCACCAUCACUAUCGCAGCAAUUCCCAGCCAAAUACGCUCCAGCGCGGAGAUUCAGCCAGUUCUGGAGGUGGAGGUGGGCUAGGUAGCCGGGGAGGAGUCGCCAUGGGCGCAGGAGCAGCACCCGGACUCGCUUGGCUGGAGCCCACAACCACACUAGUGCAAACACUGCCCGCCUAUGUGCACCACUCGAAUGGCAAGCUGAUGAAGUCCGCCUCGGCCGCCUCGCUGAAUUCCCGGCGACGGCGCCACAAAACCGUGCACUUCGGCGAGAAUCUCCUGCGGGAGGUGUGCCAGAACCGGAAGCUCAUCAAGACGGAGGCCCAGGUGCCCUCCGGUUCGGCGCCCAUGAAGGCCAACAUCCAGAUGCUGUACAACUUUGUGGAGGGCGUGCUGAGUGCCUGGGUGGACGACGACGAGGAUCAGGUGCGUUCCGGCGCGGAAUCGGAGCCGGAGCACGGGGUGGUGCCCAUGCAGCCGAUCCACAGAUGCAACCGCCUGCGAUACCAGUGCAUCCGGAGGGUCGUCGAGGAGGCCGCCGACCUCCAGGGCACCCUCAAGUUGGGCAACUCCCGCUAUCGCCAUCGCCAUUGGCGCAGCACCGCCAAGCAAUGCAACGAAAUGUUCCUUCGCAAGAUUUCGGACGAUGAUCGAAUGAGCCUAACUACCGCCGUUUCGGAUGAAGAUGAUGGCGAAAGUGUCAUGGCGUCACCAUACAAAGCAAAGGCCACUGGCACCGCUGCAUCCUCCUUCAACUGCACGGGAGCUGUUCGCAAAGCCGGCUUCCUAUCGGUAAAGAAAUGGUUACUACGCAAGAAGCACCAGAUCGAGCUGGCCAGAAAGAGGGGCUGGAAGGGCUACUGGGUGUGCCUGAAGGGCACCACGCUGCUCUUCUAUCCGUGCGAUUCCCGGGAGGGCCGGAGCGUGGAGGCGGCGCCCAAGCACUUGAUUAUCGUGGACGGUGCAAUUAUGCAACCGAUACCCGAGCAUCCCAAGCGCGACUACAUCUUCUGUCUGAGCACGGCGUUCGGCGAUGCCUAUCUCUUCCAGGCGCCCUGUCAGGUGGAGCUGGAGAACUGGGUGAACAGCAUUCACAGCGCCUGUGCCGCCGCCUUCGCCAGGCAUCGCGGAAAAACUGGCACCCUACACCUGCUCCAGGAGGAGAUCUUCCGGCUGGAGAAGGCCAUUGAGUCGGAUCACAAGCUAAAGCACAUGGCCGAGCUGCAGCAAUCAGUUGUCACCGAUCAGGAGACGCGUCAUCAGAUCCAGACGCAGAUACUGCAAUGGGAGGAGAAUCUGGAGCGACUCCACUGCGAGCAGUUCCGGCUGCGCUGCUACAUGGCCUCGCUGCAAAGUGGCGAGCUGCCCAAUCCGAAGUCGCUGCUGACUCACGUGUCGCGUCCCACAAAGAACACGCUGAACAAGCUGGGCGUGUUCACGGUCUCCUCGUUCCACGCCUUCAUCUGCGCCCGCUCGCCCUCGCUGCUCAACAACCUGCUCGCCGGACGCGGGGCCACCAAGCGGCGACCGCCAAUGCUGUCGCGGUCCAACAGCGGCUCCAGCCGUCGCUCCAUGCAGAUGAAUUCACGUGACGAACCGGAAAAAACUUUCAAAGUUGCAAUGCCCGACAAUGCUUACUCGACAGUUUAUCUACGUGAUGCCAUGUCUGUGGAGGAAUUCCUCGCCAGCGCCUGCGCCCGUCGCAACCUCAAUCCCAUGGAGCACUUUGUGCGCGUCAAGAAGCGACGUGACAUGGAGGAUCACAAUUACUUUGUGCCGCAUCGCAACGAUCUGAUUGAAAAUUAUCUCCAUAAUCACGAGUUCGUGGAGGUCUGCAUGAAGAUCCUGUACCAGGUGGAGCUGCAGCGCACCACCCUGGAGCAGAUGUGGGGCUUCUCCGUGGAGGCGGAGCUGAUCGAGAACGCGGAGCGCCAGGACGAGCUCUGCUGCUACGUGAGCCGCGUGGAGGACAAGAGUGUGGCCAUGCACAAUGGCAUUAUCAAAGGAGACGAAAUAAUGGUCAUCAAUGGCGCAAUUGUGUCCGAUCUAGAUAUGAUGUACUUGGAGAGCGUCCUGCAGGAGGAACAAUCGCUCAGCAUGAUGAUGCGGUCCUCGCGCACAGAGCCACCAGAUCUAGUGGGGAUCAUGAGGGUUACGGACGAUAUGAUUGACUCGCUCGUUUGCCCGCCGCCGCCCACGGAUCCGCCGGUGAUGAGCGAGGAGAUGAUAACUGGACUGAUUGUUCCGGCCCCCGGUUGGAAUGGCACUAGCAAGGAUUUGUACUCGCCGGAGGCGGAAAGCUCGCCGGCCACCUCCUUUGUGGAUCCCGUCGCAAUGGCCGCCCAGCUGGCUGUGGGCGGCGGGGGCGUGGUCGUGGGCGGACUGGGCGUGGCCAAGCCAACGUCGCGUACGAGCAGCUUUGAGAUUGAGAAUCUGCUAAAGACCGCGGAGCAAGUUACCGGAUUUUGUCGUUCACCCCAGGAAACACGGAAAUCGAGCCCCACCGGCUCGGUCACCUCGUCGGUGUCGACCACGGCAUUAACCCCAUCACGCCAACUGACCGAUGCGGAGAAGCUGCGCAAAGUCGUCAUGGAGCUGGUGGACACGGAGCGGACCUAUGUGAAGCACUUGAACAACCUGCUGGAGCACUAUCUGGAGCCCAUGAAGCGCGAGACAUUCCUCUCGAACGCCGAGAUCAACGCCCUGUUCGGCAACAUCCACGAGAUCGUCACAUUCCAGCGACAGUUCCUGCAGAAUCUGGAGGAGUCCCUGGACCUGGAGCCGGAGUUCAACAAGUUCGAGCACUGCGGCCAGUUCAGGAAUGUGCUCUUUGCGAUUGGCUCGGCCUUCCUGUACUACGUCAACCACUUCAAGCUGUACUCCUCGUUCUGUGCCAGCCACAGCAAGGCCCAGAAAGUCCUGCAUCCGAACGAAGGCAAUCACGCCCUGCAGGAGUUCCUGGCCGCCCGGAAUCCCAAGCAGCAGCACAGCAGCACCCUGGAAUCGUAUCUGAUCAAGCCCAUUCAGCGCAUCCUCAAGUAUCCUCUGCUGUUGCAGCAGAUGCGCAACCUAACCGACACCCGGGCCGAUGAGCAUGUGCAUCUUUGUGAGGCACUCAAGGGCAUGGAAAAGGUGGCCGAGCACAUCAACGAGAUGCAGCGCAUCCACGAGGAGUACGGCGCCAUUUUCGAUCACCUCUUCCGGCAGCACCAGAAGUCCUGCAAGCAACCCAUUGAUCUGAGUCCAGGAGAUCUCCUGUAUUAUGGCGGAGUGGAAUGGCUGAACAUCUCUGACUUCCUGGGCAAGAUCAAGAAGGGUCUGGAGCUGCACGCCAUGUGCUUUGUGUUCAAGUCGGCUGUGGUGUUCCUCUGCAAGGAGCGGCUGCGUCAGAAGAAGAAGUUGAUGGGCGUGUCCAGCAAGAAUGCCACCAAUGAGGUGGAGAUCAUUAGGUACCAGGUACUCAUACCCGUAACCGAGGUGCAGGUGCGCGCCAGUUCGGCCAAGGACAUGGACUCGCACUUCCUGUGGGAGCUCAUCCACCUGCGCUCCCAACUGCAACGCCGCUCCGAGAAGGUCUACGUGCUGUCCAACAGCACCGCCGACUUCCGCAACGCCUUCCUGAAGACCAUUCGCCAGAUCAUCCGCGAGAGCGUCCGGAACAUGUCAAUUCCGAUGAAGAACUUUGGCGGCAGCUCCGGCUCCGUCUCCGGACACUCCUCGCAGGGAAUGGGCAGCAUGGGUUAUGCGGGCAAUUCACAGACGCUGGAAAGACCCAAGCAGCAGAUCACCAUAGUUCAUGGCUCUCACACCCUGGGCAAACCGAAGAAGAAGUCCGGAUCACAGCGCCAUUCGGCUGGCAACAUAGACUACGACAAUUUGUCCGGCAGCCAGGAGGCCGACGACCUGCCCCCCAGUGUGGGCGUGGUUCACUACGCCUCUGGCCACGCCCACGGCCAGCAGAUGCAGCCAGCCGUCUUCCGUGGUCGCAGCAAGACGGUGGGCGACGUCACAGAAUCCCCCUGCUCUUCCCCAGAUCCCCAGCAACAGCAGCAGCAUCAGCAGUUGCAGCAGCAACAACAGCAGCAACAGCAGAUGCAGCAGGGACACGCCCAUGCCCAUGCCCACCCACAUCCCCAUCCGCAUCCCCGGGAGCCACCGCCGCCUCCGAUCAGGCAGCCACAUCUGCACCACCACAGCUCGGACAUCGAGAGGAUCGAUCCGGGCACGAAGUCGGAGGGCGAGGAGGACUCGCAGCAGGGCACAAUCAGGCCCAAGGCCACUCUGGGUCGAACGCCCAAUCACCUGACGCUGAGCACCACAUCGACGCUCUCGGUGGGCAGCACCGGCAGCCAGGCGCGCCUCAUACAAUCGUCGCAUCCGCCGGCCAGUUACCAGCCGGUGCUGAUGAAGGACCUAGGUAAGCCCAGCCCGGAAGAGUCGGAGCUCGAGUCGGAGUCGGAGGCGCAUGCCGUCCAGGUGGCGGCCUCCUUUAAUCUAAGUCUAGGCAGUAGUGGUAGCUUGUUCACCUCCGAUACCCGAGAUAAUCAGACACAGUCCCAGUCCCAAAUCCACUCCCAGUCCCACACCCUGCAUCCAUCUCCCCGACAGUCGCCGCGUCAGUCGCCGCGACAGUCGCCCAAACAGGAUAUCAAGGUGAUCGAGAUCUUUGAGAGCGAGGCGGAACGGCUGGCCGCCUCCCAGCAGGUGGCCGUCGUCCACCAGUAUCCGGCGGGCCAGGCCAGGGAUUUGGGGCAUAAACAGCGACGUGACCGAGACAGAGACCCGUCCGAAACGGACGCCACAGCCCGGUUUAUGGACAAGCAUUUGAGUGACCUGGAGCAGGAGAACCUGGCCGAUGGCACCUGCGACAUUGUGGCCUACAUGGAGAGUCUGCGCGAGAAGGCCUUCGAUCCCCAGGACCUCACCGAGGAUCCCGGUGAUCAGCAGCAGAAUGACUCUAGUCUCUCGCCGGAACCACAAACCAUAGUGGAGAACACCCAACAAACAGUGGUGGUGGACAUCGAAUCGCCUUCCCGGCCAGCCACUGAAUCGGACAGCACUGGCACCACCACAGGUCCUUCGGAACGAUCCGGCGAUGAAACGGAGGAGGAGCCAACCUCCAGCUCGCUGGCCUCGCAUAUUGUGGUGAUCGACAAGAAGGUGGACAAGAUCUUCAAGGCCAAGUCCCCGGAGCGACCUGCCUCCACCAAAGUAAAGAGUGGCCGGAGGCAGAUAUACAUCUCUCCGGACCGCUGUAAGUCCCAGGGAAGCUCUCCGGUGAGGAUCAUCAAGAUUAAGUCACCACGCACUAGUUUGAGUGAUCAGGGCAAGCGACUGAGUGUGUGCUCCUCGAGGGACAACUCACAGGAUCGCCUGUCGGGUGGGCGCAGGACCCCCAGUCCUCGUCGCUCCUCCGAGGGUGGUGGCAUACUAAAGCACACAAGUGGACCGGCUACUGGUAUACUGAAGCCACCUUCCAGUCCGGCCAAGUCAAAGAGUCCCGACAGGAGCUGCCUCAAGAAGGGCGGACCAUCGCAUGUGUGCAGCGUGGAGACGCUCUCGCCACGGAUCUCGCCCAGGGGCAGUAUGGAUCACCUGUCGCCGGACAGGGGGAUGACGGGCAGCUCCUGCCUUCGGCACUCACCGCGCAGUAGCUUUGACAGCCACGGCGAGUCGGAUCACAACUUGGAUGUGCCACAUGGCAGCCGGAAGAGGAGCAUGUCUGCCCAUGGAAGCUUUGAGACGGGCACUAGGCCAAGGGCCCAGGAAACCUAUCAGUAUUAUCCGGUAUAUGACAACCAGACUUGCAGUGAUCACUAUGUGGCUGCCGCACCCACAGGUCGAUAUGGUGGUGGGGGUACCAGUAGCAGGAGCAGGCUGAGCAAGUCCCUGGAGCGAUCUACUUCUAGGGACAGCACCACCACCAGUAGCUCCUACGGGCACAGAGCCUAUGGCGUUUCCCUGGAACGCAACUAUGUGGUUUAUAGUUCGGGACCACUGCGCUCGCAGUCCGCUGAGAACACCUUCUCCUCGCAACCCAUAUAUGAUCCUCUGCCCAGGCAUCCUCCGCAGCCACUGCAUCAGCCGCCGCUGCACCACCAACAGCAGCAGCAGCAAUACGUCUAUGCCCCGGAGGUGGGAGGAUACUCUGGGACUGGGUGCCAGCAUGACCCGCAGGGUGGCUAUCAACUCAGCUCCUCGGCCCCGGAGUACACCACUUGCAUCGACUGUCUGUACCAGAAGAGACCCUCCUAGCAUAAGUCCCGCGUGCGGCAGAGUCGCACGCGGAAGAAGACGCCCCGUGGAGUGGUGGUGGUCAGUGCCCAGCCCACGGCCACCGGGGGAAUAGGAUUUGUGCCCGAGAUGGGCUCCUCCGAGGCACCCGGCGGCUGUGUCGACUGUCACGACUACUUCGAGAUCCAUGUGUAAGGGAUCUCCCCUUCCAGGACCUCCACUAAAGACCUCUCCACUAUUUUGAAACCAAAGAUAACAGCCGAACAACCCGAAAUGCCUCAACAAACUAAUUUUAACCGAACUCAGCUCAGAUAUACGUAAACUCACUCAACGCAACUAUAACGCAAGUAAUCAAAGCAACAACCGAACUCGAACUUCCAACACAAGGGAUUGAAAUCAAAAAGACCUAGCCUAACAUUAUAUACAAUCUACUACAAAUCAAAACACACAAGAACUAAGGAAGGGCACUCUUGAUAAAUAGAAGGAAUAGCUGAAGUGUAACCAUACCAGAACCCAGUAUCCGUAUCCGUAUUCGUAGCCGUAACCGUAUUCGUUGUGUAAGUGUUAGCCGUAAGUCGCCGAACCUGGGCGUAGUUGGCUCUUUUAGCGCAGCAUAUGUAGUUCAUACCGAAAACUAAUCAAAGGAUGGGGUUACUAAUCCCGGGCGGGAGCGGUUGCAUAAUGGGUGUGUGCCACCGUUUUCCAGUUAAUUAUUUAAGUUGCAGCCGAGCUGGGCGCGAACAUUUCUCCGUGAUUUACACACUCACCCACCCACUUACACUCUCACCCACACAUUAACAAACAAAAUGGCGGAAGUUCCGCUCGCCUCGGGUGGCAAGUAGAAAUAUUACGUAUACGCCGCGUUGCACACACAAUACUCAAGUGCCGUAAUUACGAGGGCAAACAACAGAAAAGAGCAGCAGCAGCGGCAGCGGCAGCAGUAGCAACUAAAACUAAAGUUGAAAUUCAUACUCGCACUCAAGUAAACUACUAAGAGACAGGCAGACAAACAAAUGGCAAACUCAACUUGAAACAUGGAUGGGGAAAACGAAGACAGUCAGUGGCAGAUAGAAAAAGUAUAAGAAAGGAAACUACUACCUACAUACAUGCACUCCGAACACACACCCACGGCCAUGCAGACACACAGGCAG